UCUGUCAACAAUAACAGUCAACAAUUUUGAAGCGUCCUAACGCUUUAUUUGUGUAUCAGUUUACUAACUGUCACAAUUCACAUAAUCGCGUUUUUAGUUUUUGCCUCGACAUGGAUAACGAUUAUUACUCUACUAUGUAUACAUGGUUUGAAAAGUGUGGAAUCAUAUCCAACGUCAGAACGCAUCUGCGUCAGAACUUGGUGAACGCUCUAAAGCGCAAAGAUCUGGGAUUGUGUAGAAUUAAAGAGCCAAGAUCGGCGAGACAGUACGUUUACGACAUGUUAAUAGCUGAGUACCUGUUUAGUCACAAUUACUCUUUCACCUUGUCGAUAUUUGCUAGCGAGGUUCCGCUUUUAAUGAACUUUUGCAACAGCAUGCCACAGCGUUCAUCUAAUGAUAAUGACAGAGAUGAUAGUAGCAGGCACAAUAAGUUGCCGAGCGAUUACAUUACGCACACACUGGAAACACUGGGCAUCGAUCCGAAAAGAUACGAGAGUCAACAUAUCAUAUCAAGCUACAUGAACAACGAAGCGCCGUUAUUGCUGUCCAUUCUAAGUUCUAUAGCUUCGCUAAUUGAUAGCGCCAAAUCUUCAGGUCAAAAUUCCUCGCACAACAAGGAAACACAAGCUGAUCUCGUAUUGGAAGGAAACAUUGCGAAUGCGAAAAAGAUACAUGCUAUGAGAAAGAAGAUUGUGGAACAGAAGCAACUGUACGACAGCGAAUUGAGAGCGAAGGAAGACGAAUUGAGGCAACAAGUGUCCGUUAUACAAUGUCAACUCAGCUCGUUGAACGCAAAAAUGGAAGAAGCUCAGAGUUUGAUGCAAUUGCUUACACUGAAAGAAAAACAGCUAAACGACAAGAAAGACAGCAAUGCGCAAUAUAUCCUGCGAAAGGAAAUGGAGCUGUCUAUGAAACAAAAUUUUUUAACUCAAGAGGCUAACAGAUUAAAGAGAGAACGAGACACUUGCCGAAAGUUUGAGAUCGACCUAAAGAAGCUGCAACGAGAGCUUGUCAAAAUGCAAAAGGAAAUAUCACAAGGUCACCCGAAUCAGUGCGCGCAGACCAACAACGUUAGAAAUAUUCACGUGCAGACUGACGCGGAGGAGGAGAGUCGCGCGAUAAUGAACGAAUAUCGGACUCUUCAGCGAGAAAAAUUGGAGCUGACGAAUCUUGUGCAGGAGCAACGAUCGAAAAUAGAACAAAUCACGCAGCACAGCGUGCAGUUAUCGCGUCAGUUAGAGGAAGCGAAUUUGUUGCGAUCGGUUCACGUCGAAGUGCCGAUAGCUCAGGUUGUUAGUACGAAUGCGAUCGUUAGUGAGAGCAGUUCUACCGAGGAUAUUCUGCAGGACGCUAAGAUGCGGCUGAAGCGUCUCGAGGAGGAGAGCUCCAAAGCCGAUCAGUGUUUCUGCAGUUUCGUCAGCACCACUUCAUAGCAUUUAAAUUAAUCUUAAAUUAUUUGUAAAAUUAGUCUCUAUAUCGUUAUUAGUAUACGCGCACCGCACAAAACUGGUCUUGCAAAUGCACACACUUCGCACGCACAUCGCUCGAUCAAGAUUAUUCCGUCCCUUAAGAAAAAAAACACAGAAGACUGAAUUAAAACAUGAAAAAAGUA